CACCGUGAAACCGGAUAUGAAGAAAGACUGACAAGCGACCCUUUCGUUUUUAACCAAUCGAAGUCGAGUAUUCCCCGAGGCAGUGACCAAUCAGAAAGAGCGGAGCGGUAUUUGAAUCCCCAGCAGGCCCUUUGUGUUGUGUACUGUACGGCUUGUUGUGAGUUGAGCUGGAAAAGGAAUACUAAGCGAAGCUUAACGGUCCUUUUUUUAAAAAAAAACGUUUUUAAGUUUUAUUUAAACAAGAUCUCUCCCGUAUUCGCCAUGGAAAUGAAUGCUUUGCGCAAUGCAAACAAUCCUGUUUUUAUCGGUGGCAAAGGCGGGCCUGUAAACGGCGCAGCGAGGAGGCCUGUGUUUGGCGAAUUGUCAAACUUUACACACAAACCCGUUCAGACUAAGAAUGUGAAACCCGUGCUGACUGUCAAACCAACUGCCCAGCCAGCUGUUGUUCAACCCAGACGUGCCCAGGUACAGCUCGAGAUCCCCCAGGCUGUCCCAGCGCUGCCCCCUGCUCAAGCUGAUGUGAGCCUGAAGGAAGAAGAACUGUGUCAAGCCUUUUCCAACACUCUCUUUCCAGUCGAAGACAUCGAUGAAGGGGACACUGACAUGCCCCAGCUGUGUCCUGAAUAUGUGAAGGACAUCUAUGCGUAUCUGCAAAGCCUUGAGAGUAAGCAGUCCGUUCGUCCUCGUUACAUGCGAGGUUAUGAUAUCAAUGGACGGAUGCGCGCUCUCCUGGUUGACUGGCUGAUUCAGGUGCACUCGAGAUUUCAGCUCCUGCAGGAAACCUUGUACAUGACUGUAGCCAUCCUUGAUCGCUUUCUCCAGGUCCAGCCUGUGACCCGUAAGAAGCUUCAGCUAGUGGGUGUUACCGCAAUGCUGAUCGCUUGUAAAUACGAGGAAAUGUACGUGCCGAUGGUUGGGGACUUUGCCUACAUUGCAGAUGGUGCCUUCACAAAAGCCCAGAUCCGAGAGAUGGAGAUGCUGAUUCUCAGUGAGCUGAACUUUGAGCUCGGACGUCCUCUGCCCCUGCACUUUCUGCGGAGGGCUUCAAAGGCUGGGAAUGCGGAUGCUGAGAAGCACACCCUGGCAAAAUAUUUCCUUGAACUGAUGCUACUUGACUAUGACAUGGUCCACUUUAACCCUUCGGAGUCCGCAGCUGCUGCUCUGUGCCUCUCACAGCUUGUACUUGAUGGACAAAAAUGGUCACCAACCCAGCAACACUACUCUACAUAUGAUGAGGCCCACCUGAAGCCUAUCAUGCAGCAUAUUGCCAAAAAUGUGGUUAUGGUCAAUGAAGGGCUCUCAAAGCAUGUGACCGUGAGAAAGAAAUACUCCAGCAGUAGACUCAUGAAGAUCAGCCUUCUUCCCCAGUUGAAGUCCUCUCUUGUGAAGGAUCUGGCUGCUCCCCUGCUGUCCAGAUCUUGAGAAUUUCUAUGUGGGAAUGGACACUAAAACCUGCACUUUAUUUUGUUUACGCCAUAUUGGGAGAUGGACCGCUACUUUUUAAACUGAUGUACAUAUUGGUUCAUUUGUAUAAAUGUUUCUACUUUUUUAUAAAGAUUAAAUUUUUAACCUGA